AUGAUCUGCCGCCUCUGCCAACGCGCCCUGGCGCAGACGAAGCCCUCGCCGUCCCAUAUCCUCCGCGCCGCACCCUCGUUCCGCGCUCUCCCAACACUCUCCCAGUCGCAAGUCCUCCGCACCGCCCAAAGACAGCCCUUCUGCCUCGCGCCCCAGGCUCGUCACUACUCCCAAGCCAGCGCUGCCGCUGCCGCGCCGCCGGCACUCGAGAAGCCCGACUACCUCGAUGAGGCCGAGGCCUGGAUCUGGGACACGCUCGUAGCCGAGUUUGCGCCCCUCGAGCUCAACGUUCGCGACGUCUCCGGCGGAUGCGGCUCCAUGUACUCGAUCGACAUCACGUCGGCGCACUUCCGCGGCGCCAACAUGCUCAAGCAGCAGAGGAUGGUGAACAAGGCGCUGGGCGACAAGGUGAAGCAGUGGCACGGUGUGCAGCUGCGGACCAAGGCGCCGUAA